GUGAUUAAAACUAUUACUGGUAAUCAUAAAAAUCUAAAGAAGCACUUUUAAAUUAGAAAGUGGUUUAUUAAUUCAAUUUUUUAGGUUAAUGCCUAUUUAGUUAUAAUUUUGAAAAACAAGUGAAGCAAAACAGAUAUGAUGAACCGUAGACGUCAGCAUGAUGGAGAUGAUGACGGUUAUGAACAUAGGAAUCGUAAAAGGCGUCGAGUAUCCGAAAAUCAAGAGAUUGAAGAUCGUUUAGAGUCAUUAAUAUUAAGAGUAGGUGAACGCAGCACUUCCUCCGUGGAAUCUAAUCUGGAAGGUUUGGUUUCGGUUUUAGAAGCAGACUUGGGCACAUUUCGUUUGAAGAUUCUACGCAUACUUUCAGAAUGCGCCGUGAAAAUGCCGGAGAAGUGUACAAUUUACACAACUUUAGUCGGUUUGCUCAAUGCGAAAAAUUAUAAGUUUGGUGGCGAAUUUGUUGAUCAUAUGGUUAAAACCUUCAAAGAAUCAUUAAAGUUAUGUCGAUGGGAUGCUGCCCGAUAUUCGCUACGUUUCUUAGCUGAUUUAGUAAAUUGCCAUGUAAUUUCUGCAACCUCGUUGCUUCAGUUGCUGGACACAAUGAUUGACGUUUCCAAUGAGGAUACAGUGCCACAAGUGCGCCGCGACUGGUAUGUUUUUGCAGUGCUAUCAACGUUACCGUGGGUGGGAAGAGAUUUAUACGAGAAAAAAGAAUCCUCACUUGAAUCUUUGUUGUUGCGCAUCGAAGUCUAUUUAAAUAAGCGUUCAAAAAAGCAUCAUAAUGCCUUACGCGUUUGGUCUGUUGAUGCCCCACACCCUCAAGAAGAGUACCUAGACUGUCUCUGGGCUCAAAUACGCAAAUUACGCCAGGAUAAUUGGGCUGAAAAACAUAUACCACGCCCAUAUCUGGCAUUCGAUUCUAUUUUAUGCGAAGCAUUGCAGCAUAACUUACCACAAAUCGUUCCACCAGCUCAUCACGAAUCUUAUGAAUAUCCAAUGCCGUCGGUGGUUUAUAGAAUGUUCGAUUACACUGAUUGUCCUGACGGGCCGAAUUUACCAGGAGCGCACUCUAUAGAACGCUUUCUUAUAGAAGAGCAUUUACACCACAUUAUAGAAAUGCAUCAUUUGGAGCGUAAAGAUUGUGCAGCCCAACUUUUAGACUUCCCUUACAAGAGCAAAAUACCUCUUGAAUAUUGUAUUGUUGAGGUAAUAUUUGCAGAACUUUUUCAUAUGCCUACACCCCGAUAUAUAGACAUUGUCUAUGGUUCUAUAUUGAUUGAACUUUGCAAAUUGCAUCCAGCCACGCUACCCCAAGUAUUGGCUCAAGCUACAGAAAUACUUUUUAUGCGAAUUGAUUCUAUGAAUACUUCGUGCUUUGAUCGUUUUGUUAAUUGGUUCUCCUAUCAUCUAAGCAAUUUUAAAUUUACCUGGUCUUGGGAAGAGUGGGACAGUUGUUUGCUUUUGGAUACUGAACAUCCACGUCCCAAAUUCAUUCAAGAAGUUUUGCAAAAGUGCUUACGAUUGUCCUAUCAUCAACGGAUUACGGAGAUGAUGCCCGAAACUUAUGCAAAAUUAUUGCCUGUACCAUCUCAACCUAAUUACAAAUACGCAUCAGAAGAAGCAGGUUCACUGACUGGCACCCAAGUGGCUCACCAGCUUGUGGUAGCUAUACGCCAAAAAUGCUCGCCAGAAGAAGUCAUCAACAUACUAAAAGAGCUGCCAAACUCAGGAGAAAACUCCGAUCAGGAGAUGUCAGAUUCUUCAUUUAACCCACUCAAAAUUGAUGUUUUUGUACAAACUCUAUUGAAUUUGGGCUCGAAAUCAUUUUCUCACAGCUUUGCAGCCGUUUCGAAAUUUCAUUUAGUUUUUAAGGCCUUAGCGGAAUCUGAAGAAGCUCAGAUUUGUAUUUUACACAAUGUGUUUGAAUUAUGGCAAAAUCAUCAACAGAUGAUGGUCGUAAUAAUCGACAAGUUGCUUAAAAUACAAAUCGUGGAUUGCUCGGCAGUAGCCACUUGGAUAUUUUCCAAGGAAAUGACUGGUGAAUUUACAAAAAUGUAUCUCUGGGAAAUUUUACAUUUGACUAUAAAAAAAAUGAAUAAACAUGUUAUCAAAUUAAGUAAUGAAUUAAAUGACGCCAAGGAGAAAUUCGCCAAAGCUGACUCUUCUUCAAGUGAUUCGGAGGAUGAAGCGGCGCCGAAACGCAAGAAGCCUGUUACUGUGGUGGAUAAACCGACUGAAGAAAUGGUUGAACGAAUGGAGGAAAAAUUGGAAGCAGCCAACGUUGAUCAAAAACGUCUCUUUUUGAUCGUAUUCCAAAGGUUUAUAAUGAUUCUGUCAGAGCAUUUGGUACGAUCCGACACAGAUGGUCGUGACCCAGAUACAGACUGGUACCGUUGGACUGUUGGACGUUUACAACAAGUUUUUCUAAUGCAUCAUGAACAAGUGCAAAAAUAUAGCGGCACCUUGGAAACUCUACUGUUCACAUCGGAUUUAGAUUCACAUAUAUUGGAAGUAUUUCAUCAAUUUGUAGCUUUAAGAGCCUGAAAAAUGUAUAAUUUCAAGAAUGUUUUUGCGUUCGUAUCAAUAUCUAAAAUUCAAUUACAACUAUUACAAAACAAUAGCAAAAAUAACAAAAAAUUUAGCAUAAAAGACUGUAAAGACACCAUAUUAUUUCGUGUUUGUGUUUAUUAAGUUUUGAGUGGUUAUAGAUCGUCAUUAAUUAAAUUUACUUAUUUUUUAAUUUAGAAACUUUCUUAACAACUACUUUUCAUUGUACCAUUAAUACAUAAAUUAUAAAAAGAGUUUCCAUCUACAUCUAACAACAAAAAAGUUACAUAAAUUUCUGGUUCCGUUAUGUUUUCGCACACAAUCCAGUGCGUUAAGGGGCAUUUAGGAGACAUCAAAAUGUCAGAUUUAGAACAACGAUUUAUAUCUAAUACAAGUUUAUUCCUACGCGUAUCACUUAAAAUAACUUCUUCAGAAGAAAUGAUUUUAUUUCAGUUGUCUUUCAUAUGCUUUUUUCUAAUAUAUUACGAAUUUUUUUUGUUUUUUCAAAUUUUUUACACGGUUUAUGAUUUAAUAACCAUAUCUUAUAAUGCAUGCAACUACAUGAAUAAUGUCAUUGCUUAUGACUCAAGUAUGUCCUUUUUUUUCAAGUGGGAAAAAGCGUCUUUGUGUUAAUAACCAAAUAUAUAAUUCUUCUUGAUUUCAUGUUUGGAUAAUUCAUACUCUCUCUCUCUCAGAAUUUAUGAUCGUUCAGAUUCAUGGAGUCAGUCAUCUCAUAUAAAAAAUUU